UUGCACUUGCUCGAAAAGUCCUCCAAUCCCGAAGGGAUGUCCUCACGAUCAUUCGGGAGGACUCACCCUCUUUUCGCGAAAAAAAACUAAAAGUGCUCCAACUGUCCCACCUCCCCCUACCCCCAAUCAACACGCAGAAUUUAAAAAUACAAAUUAGCUGUUCCGUCACAAAAAGGAAAUCCAAGAAUCGUGAGUGUGAGAUCGAUGACCAUGGGGCUUAGUGCGGAUGAAACGUAAAAGUUAUACAAAAUACGUAACCAGUGUUGUGUCCACUCUUUAAAGUUGAAGUAUUCUCUCUCAUUUUUUUGCUAUUCCUUUAAGAAAUUAAAAAAAAGCAAACCUGCAUAGGCACGUAAAUAGUUCAGAGCUUGCGAGAUAGUUGGAUAUUUGGAAAAAAAGGAAAAUAUGUAUUCUGGUGGAGCGUGAAUUAAGGCAGCAGCAAGAGAGCCAUUGACUUCCUGGAGAGGGUUGGAAGAGGAAAAUAGAAACCCAAUUACCAUGGCUUUGGUAAUGUUGCCGUGCGACCUGCCAUGGUGGUCAUCAGUGGUCAAACAACUUGACAAGGCGGCAUCUGCCAGAAAUACGGAAGACCUUUUAGACGCGAUGUUAAGGUUGCAUGACAUGUGCAACAUAAGCCUCGACCCUGAUGGGGAUAAUCAGGAUCCUGAUUUAUUUGUCGGCCUAGGUCGAUUCUUGGAUGAGGAUCUUAACGUAACUGAGCGGGAGCACAUUUUUUUAAAAACAAUACCAAAAAUAGUAGAGCGAGCGAAAGCUCUUCGAUCGUGUAAACCACCACAGGGUUUGCAUUUUAGUUUACAACAACAAGGGGACACCGUAGAUUAUAAUUAUGGAUUCAUAUCAUCCUUAAUAGCAAAUGCAUUUUUCUCCACUUAUCCAAAAAGGACAGCAAAAACUCAUCCAACGCUGAGGGAUUUCAAUUUUACAAAUUUCUUCAAAAAGUUAGAUUUAAAUUGUCAGAAAGCAAAAUUACGAAGUAUAUUCAGUUACUUCGAUUUUCUCGAUACCGAGAAUUCUUUAGAUGGAAGGAUAACUAUUUCAAGACAGGUAAUGACGUCCAAACAAUGGCUGACAAUUGAAGACUGGCUAGAGAGUAGUGUCCCUCUUUGUCCUUUAACAAUUCGCCAUGAAGGACGCAUGGAUCGAAUUGAAUCAGAAACAAAAGUAUUACACGUUUGCUUUGCAAGUUCGAGAUUAGGUGGAGGUGCUCUGGAAGACGAAAUUUCCCAAGAAACAAUACAUUUAAACACUCAUCCAGAACUCCUCACUGCAAUGUUAUCCGUUGAGGCCUUAGAAGACAACGAAGUUUUAAUAGUGGAAGGUGUGAGACAUAUUUCGAGGAUAAAUGAUCCUAAAAACCGAGCUUCUUUUGAAGUUAUCCCUGAACCAAGUACUGUGAUGGUGUGUUGUAUGGAUGCAGAAGAUUAUUCGCAUCUUCCAGUAAGUCAAUACGAAGAGGACAACAUUUUAAGAGAGAUGAACAAAUCUCUUUUGGGAUUUAGACAAAGACAUAUUCCAAGUAGUCCGACUGAUCCUGUGAGGCCAGAAUCGGAUUCUGAAACAGGGCUAGGUACCAGAAGAUUAUCUCCAAUUGGAGAAAGUUUCAGCAGCACGCCACCGGAAGUUGAACAUCAGGAAAAGCCCCUUGCGAUGAAUAGUACAGAAAGCCAGAAAUCUGCAGCGCUUUUAAAAGACACGUGUGAACGCACAAAAGAAGUUAGAAUCCGUGGAAAUGGGGCAUCGAGUCCUGGCCUAGUAACUAAAGCACCAAGUUGCGUUAAUAAAAGAAAUCGUUUUAUAGUUCUUGGAUCAAGUGGAGAAGUAUUACCAGUGACAAGAAAAUCUGUAGGACAGACAUCUGUUUAUAGUAGUUGUAAUAGUCAAAGUACUGAUAGUUUUCACAGUGCUAGGGAUACAGUCGACGAGGAUGCAGAGGAUGAAGAACAAAAAUUCUUAAGAAGUUUCAGUAAUCAGACGGAUAGUCCAGACAGGAGGGGAACUUUCGCUCAAAGGUUGAAGGAUGCUUUGAAUCGAGAAAGCACAGCUACUGGAACAUCUUCCAAUAAUUCUUCCAGCGAAAGCAACUAUGCUGUUGGUAUUAGUGUCACUGGCAGUCAUGUUGGAGAUCAAAAUAUUAAAAUCAAAAGGGGUGGAUCGAGAGGUUUUGUACUGAGAGAUGAAACAGUAGACGAGGAAUUCCUUAAAGAAUCUUUAGAAGCUGAGCAAAAAUGGCUGGGGAGGUUUCGACUGAGUCAACCAGGCAUGCUUAAAAGAGAUACAAGUGCCAGUAGCAGAUACAGUUUUAGCACCGAAUAUAGUUCAGAUUUUUGUUCAGAACUAGAAGAGGUCUACGAGCAACUAUCAAAAUGGUUGGAGGAACCAGCAGCUACUGAUGAAAAUCGAGAAAUGGAUGCAAGAGAUAGAGCUGUUGUGAGAUUUGCAGGUUCUCUUCUUAAGAGAGCAUUGAGUGAAUCUUUUGCAGGAGUUCCUGUUCAGGAAGGUGAACCGCAGCCUAUCAUCGACUCUAGUGAUGCUCAUCAAAGGCAUAAAUUAGCUCUGGCUGUGAGAAGUCUAAGUUUGGAACUAGCUCGACAGAAAAACAGGCGACAACAAUCCGAAUCUGAUUUUGAAGAAGAAUCUUGUUACGAAGAUGCCUUAUUAGAGGAUUCUGGGAUUAAAUCACCAGAAAAGGAUUCAAAAAUUAGAAAAAAGGCCUGGGCUGCAACAUUUACUUCACAAGUGUACCAGACCCUUGUCGAUGAGGAAGCUACUGUUUAUUUGCCACCACCCGAAUCUGAAAAGGUUGAAGUAGAGACAAGUUUUGCCCUUGUAGAAUGUUUGGCAAACUUCGUGGGAGAAAUCAAACGGAGUCUUAUGAAUGAUACAGCAUCAGAAUUAAUGAAGAUGCCAAGAGAAAACAGUCCUCUCGGGGGUGGAUUAUUGCCAGUUGCAACUGGCAAUUGGGGAUGUGGAUCACGACUGAAAGGCGAUCCACAAUUGAAACUUGUGAUUCAAUGGCUUGCCGCCUCGUUAGCAGGUGUCCCUCGAUUGAUAUAUUAUACUUCUGGAAAUUCUACUUUAUCAAAGUUGGACACAGUGAGCAGAGUCUUGAUGGACAGACAUUGGUCAGUUGGAGAUUUAGCUGCAGCUACGCUACGAUUUGCAAUUCAAACUAUCGAAGAAAGACUGGAAGGCAGAAACAGCCUUUUCGAAGACCUAAUCGGCAUGGAUAAACCGAGUCCUUAGCCCGAUACUAUGCUAUCCGUCAUGGUGGAUAUUCUCGCCACUAUGAUAGAGGAUGGCCUGUCAAUAUGCAUGGAUGAAAAAUAAUGUCGGCUUUACCGACAAAAUCCUGCAAUUAACACUUUAGACAAAAGUACAAAGUACUAAAGUAGUGUUCUCAAAGUAUACAGAAAAUGUCACGUCAAGAGAGUGCGAAAAAUUCUUUAAAACACAUGUAUAAAAAUUCGAAAAGCAACAACAGGGUGGCCGUUUUAGUCGAGUAACUAAAUUCCCGGCCAUAUCCCGGUUUUUUUCCAAAGUGGAACUCCUUUGAAUUUUAAGCUAAAAAUUGAAGCUUGAAAAAUUUUCUAUUCAGAAAAUUUUUUAUUCAAACGCUCAAUAAUGGACACUUAUAAAAUAGAAGCUUUUGACAUUUUUCAAUUAAAUUAUUUGAAAUUCAAUGCCGGUUAAGUGCAAAAUUUUGGAUUGUAAACUUUUCUAAAUCGAACAGUUUGAAGAUUUUUUGUUCAACAAGUCUAAAUCUACGAUACCAUUUUUGAAGCUCUCAAUUAAAGAAUCAACCAAUGAAUUUUUUAAUGUUU